AUGCAACGAACGGUAAAGAACUUGACGCAAUGUCUCUUGGAGUGUAAUCAAAGAUCUAGUCAUCGAAUAUCUACAAAUAUUUACAAUCAUCGUGCUUUACUUCAGAGAAUCUCUUCGGUUUAUUCAAAAAAAUCUUACCAUUAUGAUACAUUGCAUUCGUCCACACGAAAACAAUCUACUUCUACUCCACCUUCCUCGAGCACACAUCAAUCUCUAACAUCCGACAGAAAUGUACCAAUAAUAUCACCAGUUCCAACGAUAGUGAAAGUUCGAGCACGAAAACCACAAAUCACAGACUAUGCAGCAAGUUAUACCGAAAAUAACUUCAUCACAGCUACACGAGCAAUGCAUGAAUAUUUAUUGAAACCAAAUGAUAUAGAAACACUGAAACAAUACAAAACACGAUCACCGUAUUCGGAUGAAUCGGAUGUAGCGCAAAUGUUAACUGUUUAUCGACGUGGCGAUGUUGAAAAACGAGCGUUUGAAGUAUGGGGUAGUCCAGAGAUGUUAAACAAAGAGAAGGCAAAACGACUGAGAGCAAGACAAAAAGAAUACGAAGCCAUAUUCAGUUUGAAAAAGUCGUUGAAAGAAUAUCAGAAACGUUUGAUUCUGUUAGAAAAUGCUCCGUUGGACAACCGGACAACUGUUAAUAAUUCGAUUCUAGCAACUGGUGGUGGAAAAGUUGUCGUUGCUGCUGUUCUAGUUAACGCAACAAAUGCAGUGGUGAAAACCGUCGGAUGGUUGUUUACUGGUUCAGCAUCUUUGUUCUCUGAAGCUAUCCAUUCAAUUGCUGAUACUUGCAAUCAGCUCAUUCUUACAUUCGGUCUAUGGCAAUCGAUCAAAAAACCGAACCCUGAACAUCCGUAUGGCUAUUCAAAUAUGACUUACAUAUCGUCGUUGAUUAGUGGUGUGGGUAUAUUUUGUUUUGGUACAGGUCUUGCUUGGUAUCAUGGAGUUAUGGUUCUAUUGCAUCCUCAGGAAAUGGAAUCUGUGUUUUGGGGAUUAGCUUUAUUGAGUGGCUCAUUGAUUUCCGAAGGAGCAACACUUUACAUGGCUAUGAAUGAGAUUCGUGCAUCUGCGAAAGAAAGUGGAAUGCGAUUUUGGGAAUAUGUUAGUCAAGGAUACAAACCCAAUGUCAAUGUUAUUCUGCUUGAAGAUCUCGCAGCCGUUAUCGGUGUAUGUGUCGCUGGUACAGCUAUGGGCCUUUCUGCAUAUCUACAAUCACCUAUUCCAGAUGCUAUUGGAUCAUUAGUAAUUGGUGCUAUUCUAGGCGGUGUGGCUUCGUUUAUUAUUUAUUCUAACUCGGCAGCACUUGUUGGAAGGUCUAUUCAUCCCAAUCAAUUAGAAGCAAUCAAUAGUGAUUUAGAGAAGGAUCGUAUGGUUCGAGCAUUGUAUGAUAUCAAAGCCACCGAUAUGGGUUCUCAGUCUGUUAUGUUUAAAGCUGAAGUUGAUAUCGAUGGACGACAGAUCACUCGAUCGUAUUUGGAGAGAAUCGAUAUUCAAGUUCUUUUCGAAGAAUUACAGAAGAUCAAUUCAAUCGAAUUAGCCGAAUCAUUUCUUCUCAAACAUGGAGAAAAUAUUGUCGAUAGAGUCGGAGCGGAAAUCGAUCGAAUUGAACGAAACCUUCGAAAAAAACAUCCAUCUUUACGACACGUCGAUUUGGAAGUUCUCUAA